CAGGAUUAUAGUACGGGCACUUCAGUCUUGAACUCGAUCGAGGAAUAGUCGCUGUCGGCUUGACCGAGUAAAAAUUUUGGUGUAAAUCAGUUCACAUAGAAAAAGAUAAAUACACAUAAUUACCGGGCCAGAAAUUAACGAUUCUUUUGCUGUAUAUCUGUUGGUGAGACUGUUAUUUCGGAAGAGUCACAAAAAUGUCAGACAGAAAAGCUGUGAUCAAGAAUGCUGAUAUGUCUGAGGAUAUGCAGCAGGAUGCUGUUGAUUGUGCAACGCAAGCUCUUGAAAAAUAUAACAUAGAGAAGGAUAUUGCUGCCUUUAUUAAAAAAGAAUUUGAUAAAAAGUAUAAUCCAACCUGGCAUUGCAUCGUAGGACGUAACUUUGGAAGUUAUGUGACACACGAAACAAGACAUUUUAUCUACUUUUACCUGGGUCAGGUAGCGAUUCUCCUCUUCAAAAGUGGAUAAAUUGGAUUCUAUUUUGCAUUUACCAUCCUUUCUUCUUCCCUUCACACAUGCUACAUGGAAUACUUUAAAUCGCAUCAACAUCUGUAAGAGAAAUUACAAUUCUGUAUACAAUGAAAGUUUGUUUAUUCAAACAAUAUGCACUCCCAGUUGAAAACAUGAAAUUAUAUAUUAUUAUUGGUA